UCCCCUUCCCCCCUCUCUCUUCUUCCUCUCCUCUCCUCUGCUCGCUUGCUCGCUGGUUCGCGCGUCGCAACGGGCGAGUUCGGAGAGAAACUCUCUCUCCCGAGCUCGGCGAGAGAAAACAGUGUCGCGAGGAUCCUCGCGGAUUUCUCGAAUGGGAACCGGACGACGACGCGCGGCGUACAUAUCAUCAUCGCGGCGCAUCGCGUCGGCAGUCCCGAGCGCGCCUUUGUCCACGUCGUGAAGAGCGCGCGCGGCUAGACGAGGCCACGAGAAUACUCACCGCGCGCGUCCAGUGGACAGGCCGCGUGGGGAAAUAUUUAUAUCCCCCUUUUCGCGUGCGCGGAGAUGCCGCGAAUUCUCUGCCGCGUCCGCCGAAGCCCGUGGAAACGCCGCGCCGUGUUCCGCUGCUCCUCCUCCUUCUCAUCGUCGUCGUCGUUGGCGCGGACCGCGAUCGCUUUCCGGUCGCUGGGUAAAGCCAGUUUCAAAGUGCUUUUGUUUAUCAUCGGAGAGAAUACGAGAUCGUAGACCCGAGAGUGUCGCCGAGGAGGGAGCGAAUAAAACACUGCGCGAGUGGAGUUACGUUCGCGGAUCGAACGGCAUAACGAUGUCGGCGCGAUCGUGAUCCCCGGAUUCGUCUUCAACAAUCGCGCCGGAGCCGGAGGAUCGGGGGGAGUUCGUGUUCCUCGACGCGGUGGAAUUGCGCGUUAUCGGUAUUAUUCGUGAAUUAUGUCACGUCGGCUCCCUUUCGAGUAUCGCCACUCGGAAAUAUUGAGUUACAAAACAUCGCGUGACGGCCAGCGACAUAAAGAUAAUAUUUACUCUCUCGUCGCACUUUCGAUUGUCAGGCGACUAAAAUACUCGACGAGCAGCAAGCGCCGCCGCGAACGUCGGAUCCAGCGGAUAGAGAGGGAGAGAGACGUCGGCAUCGCGCGCCGUGCCGCUUUUCCUAAUCUUGGAUAAGAGAGACGGUCUACGCGACGUUCUUGCCCAGACACUUCGUUCCACCGACUUAUUUUUCGGCCGAAACACAGUGAGCUUUCUACGCUCCAGAGUGGAAAUCGUAACUUGAAAGUCGACUUUUCGCGUGCCAGUGGACUACGCUCGAGCGAGUCGCAUUUUUCUCGUAUCGGGAGAUAAAACCAUUUUGCAAGAUCUCGCAUAGACGCACACACACACACACACACACACAAACACCGAAGUGGUAACGCCUGUGAAGUAUAUCCGAAAAAUCGAUUCGCUGCUUUAGGCUUGAGAAAGAAAGAAAGAAAGGAAGAGAAAUCGCCGCGUUCCUCGCAUAUCUCGCGGAGGUAUUCUCGGGCGUGCAUUCGGGGGAUGCACCCUCGGGUCUUGCCGGCGGAUUUUCGCGAGGCGGAGGAUGCGAACGGUGGAAAGCGGAUAUUCUCGGUAGCUCGUGAAUGAGAGAGAAAGAGGUAGAGAGAGGGAGAGAGAAGGAGAGCCGGUGGAGCACCACCACGGUCUGUGUGUGAUUGAGAUUCUCGUCCCGUGAGAAGGCAGCCGGGGGAUCAUCGCGAAUGCGAGAAUCAUGUUGCGCCGCGAAGACGCCGCGAGACCGUUUUUCCUGGGGCGGCCUGCCGAUAGACUGUGUCGAUAGUGAACCUCCUACCUGGGCCGAUCGUACCGUGACACGCGCGCUGGAAUGCAGAGCAAAAUGCAAACACUCAGCGGACUCGCCUUCGGGAAUGUGUUCAAGAAGAAGGCGAACAAGGUGACGGGGGGGACGCCGGUGGGCAAUGCACCGCCUCCGCCGACGCUCAUCAACAAAAUCAAGUAUCAGCCGGGCGGACCCGUGAUCAAGAAGGACAAGCAGAGGCAGAGCAGCUCGAGGUUCAACAUAUCAAAGAAUCGGGAGCUGCAGAAGUUGCCACUGUUGACCGAAACACAACAGGCCAAUGAGCGGGAGGAGCUGUUCAUACAGAAGCUGCGGCAGUGCUGCGUGCUCUUCGACUUCGAGGCCGAUCCCCUGUCGGAUUUGAAAUGGAAGGAGGUGAAGCGCACCGCCCUCCACGAGAUGGUCGAGUAUGUAUCCAAAAACAAGAACGUUAUUACCGAAGCGAUUUAUCCCGAGGCAGUGAAUAUGUUCGCCAUGAAUCUAUUCCGAACGUUGCCGCCGUCGUCGAACCCCAACGGUGCCGAGUUCGAUCCCGAGGAGGACGAACCGAACUUGGAGGCGGCCUGGCCACACCUACAGCUCGUCUACGAGUUCUUCCUGCGACUGCUGGAGUCGCAGGACUUCCAGCCGUCCGUGGCGAAGCGCCACGUAGAUCAGAAGUUCGUGCUGCAGCUGUUGGAGCUGUUCGAUUCGGAGGACCCGCGCGAAAGGGACUUCCUGAAGACGACCCUGCACAGAAUCUACGGGAAGUUCCUCGGGCUCCGGGCGUAUAUUAGGAAACAGAUAAACAACGUUUUCUAUCGAUUUAUUUACGAAACGGAACAUCACAACGGUAUCGCCGAAUUACUCGAGAUUUUAGGAAGUAUUAUUAACGGCUUCGCCCUGCCAUUGAAGGAAGAGCACAAGGUAUUCUUGUUGAAAGUUCUGUUACCCUUGCAUAAAGCUAAGUCAUUGUCCGUGUACCAUCCGCAACUGGCGUACUGCGUCGUCCAAUUUCUGGAGAAGGAUCCGUCGUUGACGGAGCCCGUGAUCAGGAACCUAUUAAAAUUCUGGCCGAAAACACAUUCCCCGAAGGAAGUGAUGUUCUUGAACGAGCUCGAGGAGAUACUGGAUGUCAUUGAGCCGGCCGAAUUCCAAAAAGUCAUGGAUCCGUUGUUCAGGCAACUAGCCAAGUGCGUGUCGUCGCCGCAUUUCCAAGUGGCGGAAAGAGCUCUCUAUUACUGGAACAACGAGUACAUAAUGUCCCUGAUAUCGGACAAUUAUGCGGUCAUCCUACCGAUCAUGUAUCCAGCUUUCUAUAAAAACUCCCGCAACCAUUGGAACAAGACGAUCCACGGUCUGAUUUACAACGCUCUGAAACUGUUCAUGGAAAUGAAUCAGAAAGUGUUCGACGAAUGUACAACACACUACUAUCACGAACGUCAGAGGGAACGAAAGCUCAUGAAAGAUCGAGACGAGGCGUGGAUGCGCGUGGAGGCGCUCGCGAUGAGACAUCCGAAUUAUAACUUGUCCAACAAAGGCACAAUGAACAAUUCGUACGCUUCGCCGCAACACAUAGACAGCUCGCCGCCCGACGAAGACGGCGAUACGGAUCAGACUCCGCUCACUCUGGAGAAGAUCGAAGCUAAGGCAAACGAGGCGAAGAAAAUGACAAAUGUGAACAAAGUGAAACCGCUUUUACGAAGGAAGAGUGAUUUACCGCAGGACUCGUACACGAUGCGAGCGUUGUCCGACCACAAACGCGCCGACGAAUACCUUGUCACGCCGCCAGAUCCUAACAAUUGCUAGUCUCUACCGCACCCCCUUCCCAUGUAUCCUUUAUUUUGUUGUAGCAACAUCGGAAGUUAGCUUUCUUUCCGAGGGGGAGGAACGCGAAUGAACGAACGAACGAACGAAUAAUUCGGCUGUCACCUAUGAGAAUCCCGACUGCGAAAUUCAAAUGAUACCAUGGUUAUUGAAACAUGCAUCACAUUGCUUUUUUUUUUAAUUGAAGGAGGAGAAAGAAAGGGAGGGAGGGAGAAAGAGAAAAUCUACGUGUGUAUGUGUGUGUAUGCUCUCUCUCGUCGUGCGAUCGCGUGCGAUUCAGAGACAAUUUAUAGAUAUUUCGUAGGAGCUUACGGUAUAAUGACCGCUCGUUCAUUAUAAAUACGUCUGGUAUUUAUUUGUUCGUUACGCGAGGAAAAGAAAAUCGCAGCUAACAGGAGACGUUGUAAUCACACAUCCCGCUAUGAGACGACGCACGAUGAGGCGCAUAUGUAGCAAGCGAAGAAAAGGCCCUAAAUACAUUACUCGUAGAAUCUCCACCGCCGGUGGCACUCGGGGGUGCGCUACAUCCUUCUGCUCUACAUCUCUCAGAUAAGAUAAUACAUGGAUAGUGUAUGUAAAUGAUACUGCAGAUACCGCGGCUGUAAUGGAUUUGAUAUAUUACACAAGAGAUUUUAUNAUAUAUAUAUACAGGUGAGGUUUAAUCGCGCGCGGGGAAUGUGAUUGAAAAUUGUAAAACCGUAAAUGCUCGAUGUUGUAAAACCCACUAUUGUGCUAUGCGAGCUUGUCGUGUUAAUACCUCUGCGAAUGACGUUCCCGUUUAUGUGCAAAAAAAUAUAUACAUGUAUAAUAAAUAAUAUACGUACUUGCUUUAACACUACAGGCUCGUUGUAGUAAGAGGAGAGAGCAAGUAAUGAUAAUGAAAGAGAGAGGGAGAAAGAGAGAAGGAGGGAAGAAACGAGGAGAAAAGGAAAGAAGAAAAACAGAAUACACGCCGAUGUGCGUUAUCUUAGGAUGUAUAUGAUAGUGCUAUUUUAAAGAUAAUAGAUUGCUACGAAAAAAAAAUAUCUGGAUACUUCUGAGUGUACUACUUUUAUAUCUAUUGUGCCUAGAUGCCUGUGGAAUGCAUUCACGAUAUAAUAAAGUAAAAGAAAAAAAAAAGAGAAAUAUACGCCUCCGCGCGGGGCCUAUCACGAAUUGCGAACCGGAAAGAUUAAGCAGCGAGUUUACAUGUCGCUUUGCCAAAUGUAAUCGAUAUUACAGAACUUCAGUAAUGCUUGCAUGACACAUUGCGUUGUUAACUCAUUGAUCUUGAGGUUGAAUUGAAAGAUUAUACUGUUACGGCCAAGAGUUGAUCGGGUAAGAAUGGAACUUUCGAAGGGUGACCGAAAGAGGUGAGAAAGAGAGAGAGAGAGAGAGAGAGAGAGAAAGAGAGAGAGAGAGAGAGAGAGAGAGAGAGAGAGCGGAUUGAGAUUGAGAUGCACUUUAGAUCCUUGCGCUGUUGGCAGACUGUUACGUUAAAUACUGUCGAGGAUACCUUGUUGAAAAUAGAAAUGAUAAGCACUUAUAUUAAAGAGAAAAAAAAAGAUUAGAAAUUAAAGCUACG